AUGGCAACACCUACAUUGCAAGUCACUACUCGCUCGACCAGCGUCAUUGAUCUCGACACUAUGCUGGAUAACGAGAACCGGAAGUUCGACGCAUCUGAGUUUCGUUUUGAUCACGCUACGUUUCAAGCCUGGAAGGACGAUCAAUCCUGGGCGGUACUGAACGCAUCUCCACGGGAAGAUUGCAAGAACGUCAGGUUGGUUGGGGACACACUUGUUGUGGCUUUCUGCCGGGUGCGGUACGACGACGGCGUCGGUGGUGUCGGAGAGUACUGCAAGCGUUUCAUCAGACUGGAUUACUUUCUCGGAAACAACAACGGCCAUUUCGACACAGCAGGAGAAAAAUUCCACCAUUCGGCCCGUAACGUGCGGAUCGAAGGUACACACUUGGUUGCUGAGCUAUGCACUAUCGGCGGUGAAUGGCGCCGGGACUCACUGUGUCUGAGUCAGCUGGUCUGUUGCGCCGGCGGUUCGCUACGGCCGGUAACGACUAAAGGUACCAGCCCACAGUUGCAACAUUAUGGACAUCGGACAGCGCUUGAAGAGAAGAUUGAUGCCGAACGAGCAACGUCUGCCAUCCUAUAUGCCCCUCUCGAUCACACCAAGAAGCUCUUCCGUCUGUGCUACAUCAUGCCUGGAGAGUGGCAUGAACAGGUCCAAUGCCACAUGACCACGGCGUCUAUGGGAGAGGGAGAGGUGCCGAGCUACCGAUGCCUGUCGUAUUGUUGGGGUUUUGAGUCUGCAGGCGAAACAAUCAGCAUCAACGGCCACUCUGUUCCCGUGCAGCAGAACCUUGUGAUAGCCCUCAGACGCCUGCGGGCGCGCGGUAUGCACUCGCCGCUCUGGAUCGACGCGCUCUGUAUCAACCAGCAGGACAACGAGGAAAAGAGCAUCCAAGUCGCGCAGAUGGCGACGAUUUAUUCCUGUGCAGCGGAGGUAUUCGUAUGGAUCGGCGACGACUGCACCGCUCCCUCCAAAGACAAGGGACAGACCGACUUGGACUUCAGCUGGAGCACUCUCCUUACCAACGCCAUCGAGUGUCUCGCCAGAGAACCUGUUGGCCCACCGCACUUGUGGGACUUCCAGUCAUUCACCGUCGACGCCAGCGGAAACGUGGCAUACGGCAACGGCCAUGCCGUGCAACUAGCCGACGCGAUCGACUGGUUCCUGAGCUCUGACUGGUUCACCCGCAGCUGGACAUUACAGGAGCUCACCUUGUCAGAGAACGCCACCGUGAUCUUCGGUUCCAGCGCUAUCCCAUGGCAAACCACCUUGCUCAAGGGACUGAAUGUUCUAAGUAGCCACCUCAGCGAAUGCUGCGCCUUCUUCGCACGUCCCGACCCAGAGGGAAACACGGUUAAUCGCCGUCUGGUGCCUCAACUGAGACGACUGGUGGAACACAUGUGGCAGCUUCGCGGCAUCAGGAAUCUUUCCGAGCUGGCUAGGGGCGACAAGAACAUCUCCGCCGCGUACCGCAGGGACUGCGCACUCCUCGUGCUGCAUAAAUGUCGGCCGCAGAAGGCGUCUGAUGCGCGGGAUAAGCUGUUUGCAUUUUACAGCAUGGCCAACGCCAGCUUCGCCACUGUGCGGCCGGACUACACUAAAAAUGUUGGCGAAAUAUACACGGCUUUCACCUUUGGCAUCAUCAUGCAAAUGAGCUCCUUUGACGUCUGGGCACUUGGAAACCCCAAGCGCGACGAGGAGACUACUAGUUCGGAUGUGCCGAACCUACCGUCGUGGGUUUUGGACUGGAGCUCUGCGCCCGCGGGAGACGAGUUGACGAACCUCUUGCGGUACCGCUUUCGAGACACCAAACCGCCAUCCUGGAGCCCUCCACUAGAACCACCACAGGUCGCUCGAUUGGCUUCGCCCGGCGUUCUCGACGUCGAUGGCUGCGAGUUCGACCAGAUAGAAGAGCUCAGUGAUUCGGUAUACGCCAGUUUUCCCACGUGGUCUCAAUCUAAAUGGGACCGUGUCAGUUGGGAAGCGCAUGGGCUUGUGCUGCAGGAGUGGACUCGCUUCCUACGACUGGAACACGACCAUGACCAGGGGCAAACGCAAACGAAACAUGGAGACUUGUGGGAGUCAUUAUGGAAGACACUAGUCGGCAAGGACUUGCAGGUUAACGUAGAAGGAAAGCACAUCGGUCUUAUUUUCCACGGCGAAGACCCCUUCGCCGUGAUGCGGAACCGCACACUAUUCGAUACCUGGUGGGCCAAGCAUCGUCAGCCAUGGACCGGCGGAUACGAGGAUCGGGAACUAUCCCGCGUUACCGACCGGAUCAACUUUAGAGCCAAAGAUCGGCGGCUUUUUAGGUCCCGUGAUGGCAGCCUUGGUCUCGCUCCCGCCUGGGCGAGGGCGGGGGAUGGGUUGUUUACUGUACGGGGAUCGCGGUGGCCGGUCGUUCUGCGUCCGGGGUCGACGGUAAGAGAAACAACGGCCCUGCAGGGGAUUCACAAGCUGGUUGGGCCUUGCGUUGUCCAUCGAGUGGCGUUUGGCGGGGAUAACGAUGGCGAUGACCGGGUGGCUCCGAUAUACAUAAGCUAG